AGAGGCACACACACACACACACACGCACACACGUAGUAGGCGGAGGCAAGAAGCCACACACACACAUUGGAGGGAACCCCAUCAGCUGUGGGAAGCAACACAGCUUGAACUUACUUUUAUUUUUCUAAGUCUAUUUUCAGAUUGCCAUAUUUUGAAGCGGUAUUUUAGAUAUGCGCCAUUGAGGAGUACAGCGAGAGCUCUGUGCCAAAACGUACAUCAUUAUAUUUUAACAGGGACAGCAGUGGAGGAAGAAGAAAAAAACAGAAAACACGGACUACAGAAGGUGGCUUUGAAAGCAUGGAAUAUUUCAUGAUGCCGACAGAGAAGCUACCGUCCUUACAGCAUUUCAAGAAGACGGAGAAGGAUGUUAUUGGAGGUCUCUGCAGCCUGGCCAACAUCCCCCUCAGUCCGGAGACGGCCCAGGACCAGGAGAGACGAAUCCGCCGUGAGAUUGCCAACAGCAAUGAACGCCGGCGCAUGCAGAGCAUCAACGCAGGUUUCCAGUCCCUCAAAACACUCCUGCCCCACACGGAUGGAGAGAAACUCAGCAAGGCGGCCAUCUUGCAGCAGACAUCGGACUACAUCUUUGCCUUGGAGCAGGAAAAGACACAGCUUCUGGCCCAGAACAACCAGCUCAAACGUUUCAUCCAGGAGUUUAGCGGCUCAUCACCCAAAAGGAGGCGAGCAGAGGAAAAGGAUGAAGGGAUUGGGUCUCCAGACACAUUAGAGGAGGAGAAAGUCGAGGAGGUGAGGAGGGAGAUGUUAGAGCUGCGACAGCAACUGGACAAGGAACGCUCGGCUCGUAUGCAGCUGGAGGAACAGGUGCGAUCUCUGGACACUCAGCUGCAGCCAGAGCGUCUGAAGGUAAUCACUCAGCAGGUGGAGGAGGAGCAGGCGCUCAUCCAGAGCCAGACGCUGUUACGGCUGCAGCAGAUCCACGCGGCUGACAGACAACCACACAGUCCACAGGUACUGGCUCCUCCCACUCCCCCUGCCCCAACCCACCACCCCACGGUCAUCGUUCCAGCCCCAACACUAACCCAGCACCCCCACCAUCACGUCACCGUGGUGACCAUGAGCCCAUCUGUCCACACGAGCACUGUGUCCACGUCCAGACAGAACCUGGACACUAUUGUGCAGGCCAUCCAGCACAUUGAACGUGCACAGGAGAGGAGAGCAAGCGCAGAGGAGGAGCAGAGACGAGCAGUCAUCGUCAGCCCCGCCCACGUCGCCAUGGAUACGGCCUGCUCGGACACAGACACUGACACGGAGGCCGAAGACUGCGCAAUGAACUGAUCCCCACCCCAUGAACUCACAAACACACACAAACACUUAAAAUACCUACUCACUGUAAGAUUCCCUCCAGGAGCGCGACUACUUUUUAAAAAAACAAAAAAAAAAUCUUUCUUUGGCAUUAUCCAAACUCCUAAAUCCAGUGGUUAAGCUCUGUGUCAGUCUUGUACUGUAAAAUCUCUGAAGAUUAAAAACAUAGGAUGGUCAGCGUGCAGGGGAGGAUUUCUAGAGGCUGUUUUCAAUGUCAGAGCCGGUCUGUGGCUACUUGAAAACUUGAGGGUCUCCUCGUGUAAAAAGCUAUCAGCAUCAGUCCGUCCAUGUGUGUUAUGUGUGCUAUAUACAGUCACAGUAUCACACACUGUUGUCACUGGCUUGCUGACAGUAUUAUUUGUGCUACAAAUCGAUAAAGCCAGUACAGUGGAGAGUUGAAUGUAACGACACAAUAAGCAAGCAGCUCUUAAUUCUGAAAGGGGAUAUGGAGUUGUUAUUUCUUCCCCAGUCUUAAUUAGUUUGUUUUUCUUUGUUUCCUGGUUAGCUAGGUGAUAUUCUGGCGCCAGUCACCACGAAACCUAACUUAAACUACAACCGAAAGCAUUUCUAAAUUAACUAAAAGUUAGGGACAAAUUCAAACUUAAUUGCUAAAUUAAUUUGAGGAUAGAUGUUAAAUAAAAUUAUGUCUGAUUUACUUGAAAGAAGGUUGUGUUUCUGAUAUCUAAAUAAGCCCUUAAAAAAAUAAGCUGUUGAACAAUAUACAUUGAUUGUCUUUUGGUUUUAAUAUUUUUCAUGUUUUUGUUAACAUUUUCUUUCUGUCAGGGUUACUGAAUGUCGAAGGUGAACAUUUUGUUAUAUUGAUAUUAACAACUUAAAAGUUUGUCAGGUUUUCACUGAGAACUGGAGGCCUUGAGAUGAAUUCUGAAAGUCUGAUUGAAAUUUGAAGCCCACCCAAGUCAGCAGCCCCAUUUCGUCUCUACUUGUGGUGAUUGUUGCACCUCUGACUUAAAAAAAAAAAUUUGUAAAAAAAUAAAGAAAAGAACCAAAUGUUGGUUCAUUACCAGGAAAGAAACAGCAUUUUAGUGGCUGGUGUUAAUUCUCAAUCAAUCUCAGACAAUUUGACUGAAUCAAACUUUGUCCUUGCAUAUGCAAAUGUGAAAAGUUGGGUUGAUGAGAAAAUCUGAAACAAAUUGACGCGGUUCACAUGCACUGUUUGCGUGAAGGCUUCCGGUUUUUCUCCAAAGACUUCCAGUCUAUCUUCUGCUCUUGGUUUGUUGAUUUCAGUGACUAUGCACUAGUUUUUCGGCAUUUAUGCAAUUCCAUUUUCAGUCCAUUUGUUGGUGUCAAUAAUACAUGAGGAAGUUAUCUAUGCACCGUUGAUAGUUGUGUUCAUUACACCUACAGUAUAUGUAUGAAACUUAAACAUGCUUGUAUCAAAGAAUGUAGUAUCUGCUUGCAAGGUGCUGUUUUGUCAACCUGGUGCUCUGCUGACCAGCGAGCCGAGGCCCAAACCCGUCAUGUAACUUGACACUUGAUCACGUUUAUUAAGUGUCUGCAUCAUCUCCACAUCUUGGAAUUGCUUAGAGAGUAGGGGAGCAGGGAGGAGUUGUGUCUGCUUACAAAUGUUAUCUCAUUGUGAUAUGUGAUCACAUAAAUGGGGGGGGGGGGGGACUCGAUCCUAAAAAGCAUCACUUUGGAUAAGAAAUUCAAGAAGAGAACUUACAAAGAUCAGCAGCUUUAGUUGGAAAACUAAGCACAUACUGUACCGUAGUGUAGUUCAAUAUAUGUUUUCAGUGCAUCAGAUGCCGCAAAUAGUGCAAAACUAAUGAAAAACACUGAACUGAAAUGCAGAUCUCUCCCUAAGUCCUCAAGUCUGUCCACCUCAUGUUAAGUUGCUUAUAUUUCUCUGGAAUUUGACUGGAAAUCCUUGCUUCGAGCCUCCCUCCUGUCACACUCGAUUUGAUAUGCUGACUUGAUGCUGUAAACAUUCCUUUUAUUUGGAUUUGUAUCUGUCUUUUGAUCUCUUAUAUGUUCUGUUGCCAAUUGAAUGCAUGAUACUAAUUGCUGUUUUCUCUUGUCUAAAGCAGGCUUUGGUUUUUGACUUUUUUUUUGUUGCAGGUUUCCUUUUUUUUUUUUUUUUUUUCUCAUGAACACGUGACUGAUGCGUUCAGUGUGAAACCGUCAUGUGUGAGAUGUUUGGACACUUCACUCACUGAGAUCAGUUGUAUAUCUGGUUAGAGUAGCUAGUAUUUCUCAUGCCAAACGUGGUGGGACAUUCUCAUGUUUACUUUGUGAAACUUUUUUUCAAGGGUUUGGUGUUUUGCUGAUAAAUUGUAAGCCACAGGCUGAGUUUACGCUGAGGUUUGUGAUUGGUCAGCUAAACACCUACCCGCCAAUGUUAUUGUACGUUGUUAUGCAGCACUGCUGUCUUUUGGUGGAAUUUUAGAUAUUUGAUAUGAAGCACUUGCUGUUCUGUACUGCCUGAAUCAAUGAUGAGGAAGACUUUUUUUGCCAUUUAUUUUUUGUAAACUCUGCUGUGACACAAGUCAACAGCUUUUUAUUGCGUUCUGCUUUUCUGUCUUUUCAUCUGUCUUUCUUGUCCGGCUUUCCAUUUUUUGGUGACAAGCAUUUUUUUAUAUUUUGUGAUUUUUGUUUUUCCCAUCAGUCCAGGUCGAUGAGAAGCUGUUAUAUUUUGUUUAUAAAAACUUGGGUAAACAGGCCUUUGUAAAGAUGAAAAAAAAAAUAAAAAUUUGUACUUUUUUUAUUACA